AUGUUCGUUUUCCGUCUGCCUUCUCAGGCCCGAGGGUCGAAGCUUGAGCUGGAAGUCCGGAAAAGGCAGCGUGGGACGCUGGGAACAUUUGAGCUGUGGGAUCAGCUUUCUCUUCAACGUUGGGAUCCGGGAUCACCAUUGGGAUUCAUCUUUCUUUACAGAUCUUUGAUCUUCAGUGACGGGGUCACGAGCUACCAGGGAUCUACUGGGUUCCAGCUACCAUGGGCUGCAAUUCCAAAGUUCAUUCCUGGAACGACAGAUGUGACGGAGUACAGCAGGAAGCUAGAAUUCCUGGCGGCCAUGUGGCCGAAGGAACAUUUGAGUCUGCUCGCACCUCGAGCAGCUCUUCAAGUGGAGGGCACGGCCUUCAAGAAGAUCGCCAGUUUGCCACCUGACAAGCUGAAGAGCAACGACGAAUCAGGCAUUAAACUGCUGGUAUCGACGCUGGGAGGAUCAUGGGGCAAAACAGACCUUGAAGCAAAGUAUGACGUGUUUGAAAAGGCCUUGUAUGGAACCGUACAGAAGCAGGACGAGACCAACGACAGCUACUUGGCCCGGCACGAUGUACACUUUGAGGAGCUGUUAGCUCAGAGCGUGACGUUUGAGCAGGUGCGUGCCUACAUUCUGUUGCGCCAAUCGCAGCUUACAGCAGAGGAUCGCCAGAAAAUCAUCUUGGAGCUGGGUGGUAGCCUGGAUUACAAGAGGGUUUGUUCGUCGAUCAGGCUUCUGGGAUCUCGGUUCUUUGCCGACCUGCAGGGACAGCGCGUGCUAAAGUCCAGAACCUAUGAUGCCAAUGUGGCUGAGGAGCCUCCGCCAGAGGAAGGGGACCGGACCCUUCCCACGAUGAUGGCAAGCGCUGCUAUCGAGGAGGCCGAAGUGGAGUUGGACGAUGGCUUCAUUGAAGCCAUGGUAGCCACCGAAGACCAGGAUGCCUUGCAGGUUCAGGCGUUUGAGGAGGAACUUGAAAACUUCUUCCAGGAUACACCGGAGUUGCAGGAGGCAUUGGUGAGCUACAUGGAGGCACGCGGCAGACUGCUGGCCAAAAAGAAGUCCCGCGGCUUCUGGCCGAUCGGUGGAAGCAAAGGAGCCUCCAAGGGAGGCCGCGGAUUCAAGGGUGGCGGCAAGGGAAAGGGCAAGCACCGUGAGCAGCUCCUGGCCCGAAUUGCCCGAUCCAACUGUCGAAUCUGCGGGGAACGAGGACAUUGGAAAGCAGAAUGUCCCCGUCGGAAAUCGAAUCCGACCGGCGAGGCAACCACGACCGUGGCCGAAGCCUUUGUGGAUGUCUCCAACCUUGCUUCCUCAUCCGAUCCCGCCGCCUCUCAGGAGAUUUUGACCAGCCUGCCAGCAGAUGCUUUGACCUUGGAGGAGGCCUUGUGUGUCAAUUCCGACCUACCUUCUAAGACCGUUGCCAGCUUGGGAGCUCGCCUUCUCAGGCUGCGCGACCCGGCUUCGAAUCUCAGUAUGGCCGAAGUCGAGGAACUCAGCCUCGAGAAACACGGGGCCUUUCUCAUCGACUUCGGGACGAAGAUGAAGGGACGCAGCUAUCUGGAUUGCGUGGAAGAGGCUGCGGAUUGGACCAAAUGGUUCGUGGAGCAUUACCACGAUUCAUCGAAAAGAAAUCAUCGGAUCUUCCUGAGCUUUGUGGAAAAAUAUGUGAGUCAGGCCGAGCAAAUCGAGGUCGCCCUCUCUGGCGAGCCAACGGUUGUGAUGACCGGCGCGCCUUCCAAGGCUCCAAUCGCAAGCAAAGCCGCUCCAAAGGCUCUCCCCAAGGCCGGAAAUCCGGAGGUGCCGUGGGAGCUUCUGGAAGAUCCCCCGAUCCACGAUCAAGUGGCGUCCCUGAGCAAUCGGAUGGUUCAGAUGGAGCAGGUGAUGCAAGAGAUGAUUGUGGCAAUCCGCCAGCUGUGCCGUGGCACCUGUUUGCCAAUCCGAAUGCCCGAUGCUGCCAUGAGCCCCAACCUUGAGGGCUGGGCUCCACCUCCCGUACCCAUUCACGGUCGAAUUGAGAGACACGGGGACAUAGCCCUGCAGCAGGUUUUCAAUGCAAAGAAUGCCAAAGGCUAUGCUCCAGAGCAGAUCGUGCUUGGAAAGUCGGUCCGUGUUCCCGGAAGCGUUUCUUCCGACGAAGAGCUGAGUUCGCAUUCGCUGACCGAAGGUGCUGAUCUUGAAGCCGAGGUCAUCUGCCAAGAAGGACAGUCUGUUGUUUGGGUCGCACAUGGAUCUACGAUCUUGCGCUGUGCACCCGAAAACCUGCGUCCCGCUUCGUUGCGGGAGUGGCAAAGCUUAUCCUCGAACCAACCUGAUGAGCUUUCCACGCGGACUGGUGGAGCCAGCACUUUUGUAGACCUGACCGCACCCAAUCCCGAGAUCACCGUUGGUGUCCCAACUCAGCCGGCACCAAGUUCCUCUGUCAGUCCGAUUGAAGUAGCUGUUCCAGCACCCGUUCCUCAGUCUGGCUCCUCUGCAGCUCAGGGAAGCGGAGAAUCCGAGGCAGACCUUGGUCAGCCUGAACAAGAACUGACGCCUCAGGUCAGCAUUCAAACGGAACUUCCUGCUUCCCUUGAUGCGCCCGAAGUUGAGCGCGAUACCGCAGCUCCUUCGGCUCCGAUGCAGCCGACUCCGGAAUCUAAUCCUUCAGCCCUUUUGGAUGCGACAGCCAUCCCUGUGCCCGGCACUGAUGAAGGUCUGUUUUCAGAAACUGUGUUGUUGGCCACUAAUCCCCUUGACACCCUAGAUCCUGUGUGCGAUGAUCUGAUGGAGUUCACUACCCUCCAUACCAGCGCCGAGUUUGAGGGCCCUCCUCUAGCUGAAGAUAAUCUCCCCUUCGUUGAGAAGCCCUUGGAAUGCUCUGAGCACCAGGCUUUCUGUCUUGAUGUUCCGAUCAAACCGAAAGAUCUCAAACGCUGGGCACAGGAAGCUGCCCCAGAGCAACUGGCCACUUUGGCUGCGGUAAGUAAGCGUGCUAGGGCCGAGGUUAGCGUUAAGGAUUUGUCUCCUCAAGAAAUGAAACUCUUCGAACAGGCCAAGGCCAAGGAGUUGCAAUGCUGGGUGCAGACCUCUGCGAUUCGGUAA